AUGUUUGAUGAUGGAUGUCAAAUGAAACAAGCAAGUGCUGUUCCUAUCAAUAAUGCUGAUAUUUCUAAGCCAAUUGUGGUCAUUGGAUUGAGCAUUAAAUACGUUCGUGAGAAUUGGGAAACAGUUAAGAAAGAUAGACUAGCAGCCAAUCUUAGAAGUGGUGGUGUUUGA